GUCCAGCCGGGCGCUGCACUUGUUCAGCUUUCACUCUCUAUGCUGUGCCGAGCUGAUUAUCAGUCCGGGGUUAUCUUUUCGCUAGUCUUGGAAAAGUAAACGGCUUUUGCGUGUCUGUCAGAGCAGUUUGUGUACAACAUGACAUCUCGUGUUGGCCCACGAGCUGCUGGCACUGAUGGGAGCGACUUCAAACACAGGGAGAAGGUGUCCUCGCACUACCAGAUGAGCGCCAGUCUAAAGUCAGAAGUGCGUAAGCUGAAUUUCGUCCAUCUCAUUACCUGGCUCAUGAUUGCUGCCCAGGUGACAGUCAGCCACCUGAGCCUCGUGUCACAUGACACGGUUGCCACACCCUACCAAUGGGAGUACCCUUACCUGCUGAGUCUCCUCCCCCUGCUCUUCAGCAGCCUAUCACUGCCCAGGAACAACAUCAGCUAUCUCGUCAUCUCCAUGAUCAGCUCUGGGCUGUUCUCUGUGGCUCCACUUAUCUACGGCGCCAUGGAGAUGUUUCCUGUCGCCCAGCAACUGUAUCGGCAUGGCAAAGCGUACCGGUUUAUCUUCGGGUACUCGGCGGUGACGGUUAUGUACCUGGUGAUGGUGAUCGCCGUGCAGGUGCAUGCCUGGCAGAUCUACUACUGCAAGAAGCUUCUGGACGCGUGGUUCAACUCCACACAGGAGAAGAAGAAGAAAUAGUCAGGAAACGUCAAGAUUGUGAUUUAUGACUGGUGAAAAACAGUUUUUAUUUAUCUUUCUCCUUUUUCUCUCGGUUUAUGAGUAUUAAGUUGGGCUAUUUAUGAAUUCAUGUAUUUAUAUAUUUUGUAAAUUAUGAUAUACCUUAUGUCGGGACACAACACACAUUUAUAUUGCCAUGAUGGUUUAGGUUGACAGGAAUAGAUCGGCCACUUCAGAGCCAGAAAACACAGAUUGAUAAGAUGUGCCAUGUUUCAAUAGCAGGAGAACACUGUGUCUUACUGUAAUGAAGGGGUCUGGACCGACAGUACUCUCAUCCUAUGCUGUUGAUCCAUUAUUUAUUUAGUUGGCUGUGACAUUUGCACUCAAUACAACUGUCUGUACAUGUUUUGUUACCAGUGCAUAUUUGAAACCUAUAAUCAACAUUAAAAUUAAAAAGCUA